GAACGUGGACAUGUGGCUGGGGAGCAUAACUAUCUGCUUAGGGACAGUGGCUAUCCAUGCAAUCAGUGGUUUCUCACUCCUUAUUUAAACACAGCCAAUGCAGCACAGGUGAACUACAACAGGAACAUAACAAGGUGUUUUUAAUUACAAUACAAUAUUUACAAUAUUUAUUAAAAAUACGAGAGCAUAUGUCAAUGAUAUUGUGAAAUUAAACAAUAACUGGUUAUGGUUAGUGCUUUUUAUGUCCCCCCCAUCCACUAUAGUGGGGGUCAUAUUGUUUUUGCCCUGUCUGUUUGUUUGCCCCAACUUUAACAUUUUGCUAUAACUUUGGCAAUAUUGAGGAUAGCAACUUUAAAUUUGGCAUACAUGUGUACCUCAUGGAGCUGAACAUUUUGAUCGAUGUCAUCCUUCAAGGUCAAAGAUAUAGCUUCAAAGCGGCGCAGAAGGGGACAUGUGCAAGUACAUAUGAUUUGAACAAACUAACAUGAUAUUAUGGCAUGCGUUCACUUGAAAAAAUAACUUUAAUUUGCAAUCUAUUUUACUUUUUAUGUGAGAUUAACUAUACAAUUACUUUUUCCAGCUUUGCACAUUGGUGAGUCCACAGUCAUCAAGGGAUGCACAAGUGGAUUCUGAACAAUGUUUGAAUGUUUACAUAUACAAUAUGUUAUUAUAAUCUUAAAAAAUAAUAUAAAAUGUGGUUUUGAUAUGCAUAUUUGUAUGUCUUAAAUACAAUGGGAUUGAUAUUGCAUUUAUGAAUAAGAAACUCAAACAAGACAAUUACAAAACAAAACACUCCUUAAUUUAUUGUGCUACGUGUGUUAUGUAUUGAAAUGUAAUAGUUUUUUUCACGGUUGCAUUGGAUUCUCUGACGGCUAUACGUGAUGUGUGGGUUGUCAGAUGCACAGACACUUCAUGGGUGAGACAAAUAAAGGAGAACACUAGGUCUCAACCAUCUCGGCCUGUUUCCAGAAUUCCGGUUCUGUGCGGAAGAGAGGAAAAAACAUAAUAUCAGUUUCACAUUAAUAUUAACCUUUGUUAAAACUUAAAUAGUACAUUUCAAAUUUUGACAAAUCACAACUAAUGUUUUCUUGGCAAAGUUUUCUUUUUUACUGUUACAUCACCCUGAUUAAACACUGCUGAAAUACAAUGCUAUAUUUAGUAAAUACAUUUUGAUUCCUCCAGGGGAUUUUUGCAUCGACACCAUGCAUCCACUUCAAACACUGAGUGGAAACCAUAUGGUUGCUGCAAUGAAGGAUCUGCUGAGAGAAGAAGCUGGCAAUCCAUAUUGUUUAUUGAAAGGAAAUGGCAUGUCACUAUACUGUUACCAUUCAGAGGAGGGAUACCUUUUUAGUUUUACUCAUACAUUAUUUCAAGUGAUAUUUUAUUCAUCUUAGAGCCGGACCAUUAUGCAGGAUGGGAGGAGACGGGGUUUUGUGGAGAGCUCUGGGAAGGCAGCUCUUCCCAAAACACUACAGUUGACAGUUUUAGAGGAGAAGUUAGUCAUAUUGUAAACAUUACCAAUUGCAAAUAAAAUAAUGAUGCAGAUCAAGCAUUUGUCCGUGGUUUAUAUUAUUAUUUUAUUUUUGCAAAAACAACCUUUUUCAGAAUGGUGUAUAGUUGUUCACUUUGUCCAGCUCUUGUCCUUAGUGCCCAAAACAAGGUGGUAGGUGUGCAAGGUGGAGGGGCCGAUACUGGUCUACUCAAGAGACCCAUGCAGGAAAAUAAUGGAUACCCAGGAACAAGGAGAGGGAAACUUUCAAAACCUCCUACCGCCCCAAAAGGCAACAUAAGGAUGAGCGAGGACAACUGCGCGUUUGAAGUGCGCGUGGAGUUUCAGAAGAAGACGCUUUCGCCUACAUUGAAAGACAAUCGGCUCCUUGAGGAAGAAAUACGCCAGAAGUUUGCCUUCAUUGAGGAAAGGACGAGGGCAAAAACACGCACAAGGAAGAUAGCCGCUAAACGCGCUGCUAGACUGACUUCCCAAAAACAAUCGGAAGGAGAGUCUGAGAACCGUAAAAGACUUCACAUACAAAUUGUGGAAGAUGGAUGCAUCCGAGGCAUCGAUGACGGACAGUCAGUGGAUAGAGUGGGCGGUCGAGAAAGGCAUAAGAGCAAAUACACAGGGAGUGUAUAUCUGGAGCGAGCCAGAGGACGACGAAAAUUGAGAAGCCGGCCAUCAUGGAGGAGACGCCCGCCAUGCAGGACGCCAUUUCACCGGCACCCACGUCUGUCAGGUUAAGGUUGUCAGGUUCGUCCAGGCCGUCAUCCAGGGCGUCCGACCUGUCCAAUUCGUCCAGGUCGUCCGACCUGUCCAGAUCGUCUAGAUCGUCCCGAGCGUCCAGGUCGUCGAGUUCGUCAAUGUCGUCCAGAGCGUCUACGUCGUCCAGCUCCCUGUCGAGGUCGUCCAGUUCGGACUCGGAGUACGUCCCGUUUGAGGGCGUCACCUCCGACGAGGAUGUCCCUCUGGUGGCUCCGCCGGUCCCUGUGGUGGCUCGGGUGGUCCCUCUGGUGGCUUUGCCACCACCCAGGCCUGAUAGGCGAAUGAGAAAUAGGAUUACGGAGGCGGAGGAACUGGCCAUAAACAUGGUAUUCGCAGAGGACAUUGUCUUGACGUCCUUGUUAGGCAAGAGUAUAGGCAUCGAAGUCGUGAGACGAAAAUACAAACGGGCGACCAUGGGCCGUUUGGGCUUUGAGCAAAGAUCCGAAACCUGGCCAAUGCUCGUGCAGCUCGCCUGGCGGCAGGUCCUAUGUAGAGCCCUAGACCGGCUGAUAUUUCUUAUAUGUUUUUAUAUGCUUUUAUGUCUUUGUUUAAAUGAAUAUGUAUUAGUAUACAUUGUAAGUACUGGUUCAACCCAGGAAAAUACUUGAUUAUUUGUAAAUGUUUUUAUAUGCUUUAUGUCUUUAUUUAAAUGAAUAUGUAUUAGUACAUAUUGUAAGUACUGGUUCAAACCAGGAAAAAACUUGAUUAUUUGUAAAUGUUUUUAUAUGCUUUCAUGUCUUUAUUUAAAUGAAUAUGUAUUAGUAUACAUUGUAAGCACUGGUUCAACCCAGGAAAAUACUCGAUUAUUUGUUAAUGUUUUUAUAUGCUUUUAUGUCUUUAUUUAAAUGAAUAUGUAUUAGUAUACAUUGUAAGUACUGGUUCAACCCAGGAAAAUACUUGAUUAUUUGUUAAUGUUUUUUAUAUGCUUGUAUGUCUUUGUUUAAAUGAAUAUGUAUAAGUAUUAUUUUAAUGAACAUAUGUUAGUAUGCAUUGUAAGUACUGGUUCUACUCAGGAAAAUACUUGAUUAUUUGUUAAUGUUUUUUAUAUGCUUGUAUGUCUUUGUUUAAAUGAAUAUGUAUAAGUAUACAUUGUAAGUACUGGUUCAACCCAGGAAAAUACUUGAUUAUUUGUAAAUGUUUUUAUA